AAAUUAGUAUAGAAAGUUUAGUCGCAAAGGAAAUCCUGAGUGAGCAACAUGGAAUCGGGUGAUACAUUCAACUGUACCGUCAAAGUAAAACAGGAGCGAAGCGAUGUGUCGCUAAAUGAUAAUGAAUAUUAUCAAACAAUUGACAAGGCCCCUGAUGCACAAAACGUUGAAUUUUUCCAAUUUAUGCAUAGAAAUUCAAUCCAAAGGCUUAAACAAGAAUAUGAUGAAACAGCUGAACCUCAUAAAGACAUGGAAAUAAUUUUCGAGUGUAAAGAUGUAAAGCCCGACACGGGUUUAUUAGUACUUGAGAAAAUGGAGGAUUAUUCUGAAAAUCAUUUGCAGAAUAUGAUAUUGAGCGACCAAACUCAAAAAACAAUAAAAGUAGAAAAGAUUGGGGUGUUAAAAGAAGAAUUUUUUGGUGAAGAGGCAGAAAAAUUGACUAUGAAUUCAGACUACAAACUCAGUAAGCAAAAUGAUAAGAGAAGAGUUGAAGAAACAUCAAUUUAUAAACAUAGACUCAAAACACCCAUCGAUCAAGUGAGCAGGAGUAUCUCUUGUGAUACAUGUGGAUUGAAAUUUACAAAACAAAGUCAUCUUAAACGUCACAACGACACAAAACAUAGAGGUAUAAGACAUGCAUGUAAUGAGUGUGGAAACUCAUUCACACAGAGACCUCAUCUUAAAACCCACAUUGAAACGGUGCACAAUGGUGUUACACAUGCAUGUAAUCAAUGCGGAAGAUCAUAUUCAAAAAAAAGUUAUCUCAAAAUCCAUAUCCAUAAGGUGCAUUUAGAUAUCACCUACGUAUGUGAUGUAUGUAAGAAGAAAUUUUCAGAGAAGAAAGCACUUAAAAGACACGCCGAUUCGGCGCACAAUGGUGUUUCACAUGUAUGUGAUGUAUGCGAAAAGAAAUUUUCAGAUAAGAGUAAUCUUAAAAAGCAUGUCGAUUCGAUGCACAAUGGUAUCAUUCAUGCAUGUGAUAAAUGUGAAAAAAAAUAUAAAUAUCAAACUGAUCUCUUAAGGCAUGUUAAUUCGUCGCAUAAUGAUAUCACCUAUUCAUGUAAUAAGUGCGGAAAGUCCUUUACAAGAAAGAGUAAUCUUAAAAUGCACAUCGAUGUUGCGCAUCACUGACCCAUUAUGAUAUUAUAUUAUAAAUGUAAAAAAAGUGUAAAAGAAGUAUGUUCAAUUGUAUCAAGAAACCAUGAUAUACAAUAUGGUAAAUUUGUUGUGAUGACUUAAUUAAUUAAGUUAAUUUAUUAAUUAUAAACCGAAUUCUUAAAAAACCAAUACAUUUUUUUGAAAGAACCGUA